UAGGUCAGGUAUGUUUUCAUGUGAGGUUUCUAGGCCUUCUCUGCGGCGGAUAUGGAUUCAUUCGCCUGGCUUAUUUAGUUAACAACCUAGAUAUUUAUAUAUAAUAACACACACACACACAAAAAUGUUUGGCCGUUCAAGGAGUUGGGUCGGAGGACAGGCGAAGUCCAAGAACAUUCACUCGUUGGACCAUUUAAAGUACAUGUAUCAUGUUCUGACGAAAAACACAACUGUGACUGAUCACAACAGGAACUUGUUGGUAGAAACCAUUCGAUCCAUUACUGAGAUUCUUAUCUGGGGAGAUCAGAAUGACAGCUCUGUGUUUGACUUCUUUUUGGAGAAGAACAUGUUUGCAUUUUUUCUCAACAUACUACGGCAGAAGUCCGGGCGUUAUGUGUGCGUCCAGCUUUUGCAAACGCUUAAUAUUCUUUUUGAGAACAUUAGUCAUGAGACGUCUCUUUAUUACUUGCUCUCCAAUAAUCAUGUCAAUUCCAUCAUUGUGCAUAAAUUUGACUUUUCCGAUGAGGAAAUUAUGGCCUACUAUAUCUCCUUUUUAAAGACUUUGUCUCUGAAACUCAACAAUCACACAGUUCACUUCUUCUACAAUGAGCACACUAAUGAUUUUGCCCUGUAUACGGAGGCCAUUAAGUUUUUCAACCAUCCAGAGAGCAUGGUCAGGAUCGCAGUCAGGACGAUCACACUCAAUGUGUACAAAGUGUCAUUGGACAACCAGCACAUGCUGCAUUACAUCCGGGACAAAACAGCCGUGCCCUAUUUCUCCAACUUGGUCUGGUUUAUAGGCAGCCACGUCAUUGAACUGGACAAGUGUGUGCAGACCGAUAAAGAACAUACGAAUAGAGGAAAACUGAGCGACUUGGUAGCCGAGCACUUGGACCAUCUUCACUAUCUGAAUGACAUCCUCAUCAUCAACUGCGAGUUUCUUAAUGAUGUGCUGACUGACCAUCUGCUCAACCGUCUCUUCCUGCCCCUGUAUGUGUACUCUCUAGUCAGCCAAGAACAGUCAGAAGAGCGCAAGAUUAACCCUCAGGUGUCACUUUACCUGCUAUCACAGGUGUUCCUGAUUAUCCAUUACCGGCCACUUGUCAACUCCCUGGCCGAUGUGGUUCUGAAUGGAGAUCUGUCCGUGUUCUCCUUGCAGACGGAGCAGAGUGCCCAAAAAGGUUUGAGCAAUGCUGGUGUGCGUCGUUUCGCUAAGCCAGCAGAAAGUUUGGAGCGUUCCCUGGAGAUGAGCCGUCAGAAGGGGAGGAAGAGGGCCCAGAAAAGACCCAACUACAAGAAUGUGGGUGAAGAAGAGGAGGAGGAGCGAGGUUCAGAGGAAGGGCCAGAUGAAGAGAAGGAAAAGGCUAAAGAGAUUGAGAUGGUGGUGAUGGAGAAGUGCAGGGUCUCUGAAGCGUCCACGUUAACCGAGCAGAACAUUACAGAUGAGGAGAAGAGUGCUGCGGCUGCAAGAUCUGAAGUCCAGAAAAGCAGGCCCUUCCUGGACAUGUUGUAUAAUGCACUGGAUUGCGACACUGAGGAUUACCAAGCUCUGUUUGUGCUUUGCCUUCUGUAUGCUGUGUCUCAUAGUAAAGGUAUAAACACGGAGCUCUUAGAGAAGAUCCAGCUGCCCGUGCCAAAUCAGGAGAGGAGCUGUUACAGUCAGGUGUUAGUAGAGAGAGUCAUCCGGAUUAUGAGUCAGGCCGCUCAGCCAGAUGGGAAGGUGCGUCUUGCCACCUUGGAGUUAAGCUGUUUGCUUCUGAAACAGUCCGUGCUAUCUGGCUCUCAAUGCAUUAUAAAGGAUGUCCACUUGGCCUGCAUGGAGGGUGCUCGAGAAGAGAGUCUUCACCUUUUGAGGAGGUUUUAUAAGGGGGAGGAGAUAUUCCUGGACAUGUUUGAGGAUGAAUACAGGAGCAUGAUGAGUAAGCCCCUGAACGUGGAGUAUCUUAUGAUGGACGCGUCCAUUUUACUGCCUCCCACUGGCACCCCCCUCACGGGCAUUGACUUUGUGAAGAGACUGCCGUGUGGAGACGUCGAGAGGACACGCAGGGCUAUUCGUGUGUUCUUUAUGCUGCGCUCGCUGUCCCUUCAGCUGCAGGGGGAACCAGAAACUCAGCUUCCUCUCACUCGACCUGAAGAUCUCAUCAAGACCGAUGACGUGCUUGACCUUAAUAACAGUGAUCUUAUUGCUUGUAUGGUGGUAAGUAAAGAAGGGGUUCAAGCUCAGCGUUUUCUGGCUGUGGAUGUUUAUCAGAUGAGUUUGGUGGAACCAGAUUCCAAACGUCUGGGCUGGGGUGUUGUCAAGUUUGCUGGACUUUUGCAGGACAUGCAGGUUUCCGGUGUAGAAGAUGACAGCAGGGCUCUGAACAUCAUCAUUCACAAGCCCACAUCUAACCCUCACGCCAAGCCCGUCCCUAUCCUGCAAGCUAAUUUCAUCUUCGCCGACCAUAUUCGCUGCAUCAUCGCCAAACAGCGACUCGCCAAGGGCCGCAUCCAGGCCCGGCGCAUGAAAAUGCAGAGGAUAGCAGCUCUACUGGAUCUUCCUGUCCAGCCUUCAACUGAAGUGCUUGGCUUCAGUCAGCCAUCAGUUGCAUCAUCUCUGCUGCCUUUCCGUUUCUAUGACCAGUCCAGACGAGGCCCGGCAUUCGCCUCUGUAGAUAAAGUUCCAGGUUUCGCUCACAUUGCCCAUCAAAGCUCCACGUCAGCCUCUUCCCCCUCACCUCCUUCUAGUGGAGACACCGGACCCAGCGACCCGGCAGCAACCAGCAGUGCAUCCACACACAAUGUCGCACAAAGUCAAACAGGCCUCGCCUUGGCCCCAAGCCUCACCCCUGCGCCACAGCCCACCAUCUCUCUCCUGUCUGACAAUGAUGCCGAAACGCUGAGCGUCGACUCUCUGACCCUACUGCCCCCUGCCGACCCACCACGCCUGCGCUCGUUCAGCACCCAGUCCUCCAUCCAGGAUGAGGAGACGGCGACAGCAGAAGAUGAUGAAGGAAUUCCAACUGUUACGCAUGAGGACAAGAAAGACAUUUCAGUCAUACUCGAGGAAGAGGAGGUGUCUCCUGAGUCUGAACCGUCAGACGUGACGCUUAAGGCAGAACCUGAUGAUUCAACAACUGUCGAGGUUCAAAGGGAGGAAUCCGAAACGGACUCUGCAGGCGUCACGGCUAACCAAGAGGACAAACCUGACCUUGAGGAGGAGACUGCAAUAGACUGAGGCUAAAGACUAACAAUCCUAAAACUCUGAGCCUAAAUGUUUUUCAAAAAGGAAUAAUUUGAUUGGUCAUUCCUUGCCGUUUCAGUACUUUAGAUUCAUCAUGACUGAAUUUUUGCACAAUCACUGAUUGUGUCCUAAAUCUGCACAGGCUAGUUAAGCUAGUUUGUACAUGCUUUUGGCCUAGUGGUUAAGGGCGUCGUGUGUAGGCAACCACUUUAUCAAUACUCACUUCUGUUGAUUUAACACUGCGGUUCCAACUUUGAUGUAUUUCGUGAGACAACAGCGCUUUGACAAGAACAAUGAAAUUAUUGAUGGUCACGUGAGUUGCUAAAAGCACAGCCUGUGUGUGUGUGUGUGUGUGUGUGUACGUGUGUGAUUGUCUCCUCAUUGUGUGUUUGUAAUGAUUUUGUAUGUAUGAUUUUAUAAUACUGAGCAGGCAAACAGGGAAAGGUUGUGUUUAUAUAAAUAUGUAAAAAAUGAGAGGGUUAGCGGGACAUGCCCGCUUAAUUUUGCUAGUCUUAACACUGAGGAAUGUAUAAAAAAAAAUGUUGUCUGUCUAGCGGUGCUCUUUUCUGAAGUUAUAUUUUUUUGACUGAACUUUCAUUUGCACUUCAGCAGCGGAUUACUAAGAAAGCCUUUGUCUUUCGGAGAUUGUAAAAAAAUGAUAACUUAAAGAAUAUUUUGUGUCACUAAAAAUAAUCCAGUAUGACUAGCAUAUGUCAGCCAAUUUUUAAGGUUUCUUUUGUCCAGAGCAUGAUGUCACUGAUUUAAAAAUAUAUAAAGUUAUUUUUCUGAGAAUUUCUGUCACUGCCACCUUCGCACGUUUGUUAAGUUUGACUCUUAGCUAUUAAGUUUUCUUUAAAAUACUUUAAAUGACCUUAAUUACUUAAAAUGAGGCAAUGAGGUUUUCUUUUAACGUCUGUAUAAAAAAUUUCUACUGGACAUUAUCACAGCUUGGUGUGAUGUAGUUAUGCUUUAAUUUUAUUUUCCUACAGAUUCAAAAGGUUUGUCUGUUACCACUAAUGGACUGAAACUAACUAUUAAUUUUCGGUUUCUAGACGGUAGCACAUACAGACGUGCAUUCACAGUGUGUGGCGCAGAUGCUCUGAUAGCUUUAUCUGGAUUUAACUUUUAUUUACCACGUUAAAGCAAUAUAUUUAAUUCCGCUAAGUAUUUUGAGGAUGUCUGUUUUAAAAAAAAUAAGGCUUAAAAAUAAUGGCUUAGUUUGUAUACAGUGUAAAGAAUUGUUUCUGAUUUAAUGUUAUAAUUAAUUUACCAACUGGAGCUGUCAAGGUCAUGCAAUAAAUUAUUCUGAUGUAU